AUGGCGCGCGUGCAGCCUCGGAGCUCGCCCGCAGCGGCGCCGGGGUUCGCGCCCUCCCUCGCCUCCCUCCUCCGCCGCGUGCCGUUCCCCGGGGACGCCCGCCUGCUCGAGGUCUUGCACGAGCACGCCUCGUUUCUCGCCGACGAAGAGCCCCAGCUCCUCGCCACCGCCGUGUUCGCCUUCCUCCGACUCCUCUCCCGGAACCGCCUCGCUCCGGCCGCAGGCAGCGUCGAGUGCAAGGACUGCGAGGAGUGCAAGGGUGCCAAAAAUCUGCAAGAAUGCAGGGGAAUGCUGGUGUCUUUCUGCGUCUCCAUGCUGCAGGAUCACUUCCAAGUGUGCGCACUGCUCGGAAGGGACCUUGUGAGGUCGCUCCACGAGCUGGCGCUCGUGCCGGAGUUCCAGGUGCUGUGGCGAAAUUUGAUACUUGACCCUGCUGCCAACGUCUGUCAGAUCGGCACACCCCGAUGGUGCCCAGCUGUGGCCAUCACGUCAGAGAUGGAGAUGCAACUCUUGUUCAUGAUGAACAAUGUGAAGUGGGGGGAUCAGAAGAGGUACCAGCUGUGGUUUGCAAGGAAGCACCUGAUGAGGAAGGAGGCGAUUGCACACGGUGUGAGGAGUGCGUUUGGGGUGCUAGUGAAGAAGGGAGUGGUUCCGUCAUUGGAGCCAUUGACAGGUUGUGACAAGUUAUCACCGUUGCUCAGGCAAAAGCUUCUGGCAUUUUUAUCUAAUACUUGUGAGGCGGCUGAAGAAGCUUGUGGGAAGCGAAUCAAUGAGGUUUCUAAAGGAACAUAA